AUCGAGCGGGGGGCUCCGUUGCCACGGCGACGGGCCUAGGCCCGCUGGUUGCGGCCUACCCACCUACUCGAGCUGGGGCUUCGUUGUCGGGGUAACGGGAGUAGGCCCCGCCGGAGGAAGACUUUUUGGGAGGGUGGAUAUAUAUCCACACACACACGGGACGGACCCGUAUCCCGGGGCGGGGAGCGGGGCCUCGUCACCGUCCCGGGGCUGCCAAGGGGUUGGGAAACGGGCCCGAUGGUUUCCAGAUGUGGGCUGGGGCGGUCGUGACGCCGGUUCCCCCGUGCCCCGGUGAGUCACGGGAGCGGCAGCGGCGGCGGCAGCGUGAGACCCGUGGGGACGGUAACCCCCCUUCCCCUCCUUCCCGCCCGCCCUGCGCCCCCCACCCGUGUCCCCGACCCACUCCGGCCAUGAGGCUGCCGUGGGGAAGGGGCUGACCCUGUGCUGCGUCCGCUGAGCCCCGGUUUCGCCAUGGCCUCCCAGCCGCAGCCCCUGCGCCCCGCCUUGCCCUGCGCCUCUGCUGCAGGCGCCGGGGGGGCUGGGCUGGCGGCCGGCAGCCCCGAGAAAGGCAACGCUCGCCCCAAGCCGCCCGUCCGGCCCAAACCCCGGGUGCUGCCCAAGCCGGCCCUGCCCGCCAAGCCCUCCCUGCCACACCCCCCACCGGGGCUGCGGCACCCUCGUCCGGAGCUGCCCUCCGCCGAGAAGAUGAACCGCCUGGCAGGGCCGCAGCCCUACGGCGGGGGCAACUCGGGGGGGCCCCUCAGGCGCCCCUCCUUCACCCUCAAGUCAGCCGAGACCCCCAAUGGGAAGGGGCUCCCGUCCCCUCCGGUCACAGCCGCUGAGGACCCGGGUUCGGCCCCUGGCGAGGAGGUGUCCCCCGCUCCGCCGACCCCCUCUCGUAAAGGCCCGGCUCCCUUCAAGGUGACGCCGGUGCCGGUGGCGACCAAACCGGAGCGAUUUCCGGGCACCACUGUGGAGGAGAUCCUGGCCAAAAUGGACAACAGGGAGGGCCCAGGGAGCCCAGACCGAGCCCGGCUCUCGCCCUUUUGCCCCGAUCCCUCCUCUCGCUUCGGCUCCAAGACCUUCACCGCCUUCCGGAGGCGGCCCAAUGGGGAGGCCGAUGGAGCCCCCCCCGGCGAAGCCUGCCAGACACCCCAACCUGUGGCGGGCGAGCUGGGGACCGGGGAUGACGGACGCCCGAUUGCCGAGACGAGCGGCUCCCCCCCAGCCGGCCCGAGCUGUGCCGGGGACCCCCGCGGACGCCGGAGGCCGCCUUCCCCCCCUGACCUCUCCUCUCACCAGCCGGGCGCCCUCGGACCCCCUGGCUCCCCACGGUCCCCCGCCUGCCCGGCCCCAGGAGCUCCUUUCCGGCCUGCCGAGCCCUCCGCCUCGGCCCCCGGCUCUCCCGAUGCCCCCCCAGAGCUCCCGGCCCCCGGCUCCCCCACGCUGGCCCCCGGCUCCCCCGAAUCCCCCGCUCGGCCUCUGGCUGAGGUCUCGGCCACCUCCAUCCAGGCCCCGGGAGCUCCCUCCUCCACAGCCGAGCCGCGGCUCGGUGUCUCCCGCUCCCCCGGCUCUCCCCACACUCCCGGAGAGGGAUCCCCCAAUACUGCCAGCCCCCCCGGCACUCCCGAACUGCCCCCCAGAGUCACCUGUCCCCCCGGCUCUCCCGAGGCUGCCGCUGAGUACCCGUCCCCCCCCAGCCCACCCCUCGAGCUCCCUGCUAAAGCCUCCCGUCCCCCGGGCUCCCCAGAGGGACCUGACGACUCCCCGGUGUCCCUGCAGUCCCCCGAGAGUCCCGAUUUCAGCCCCCCUCCCCCUUCCAGGGACUCGGGGCUCCGUCGCGCCUCAGAGGGGGUGCUGCGGCCCCCGGCCGUGGGGCAGGGCAUGGGGGAGCUGGGGGGCUCGCUGAGCGCCCUGCCCCGUCCUGGGGACCUGCCUCCAGAGCUGGCCCUGGGCAGCGAGUCUGGCUGGAGCCUUUCGCAGUCCUUUGAGUGGACGUUCCCCUCGCGGGGGGCUCGGCGGCUGGCGUCCCCCCCCCAGUCCCCCAUUCGGGAGACGGCCGACUCGGGGCUGUCUGAGGAGGGUGAGUCGGAUGGAGAGGGACCGGCCCCCGGCCCCCCGCACCUCCCGGGUGACAGCGGCUCCGAAGGGCACGGCCCCGCGGUGGCUGGCAGCCGGGGAGCAGAGGGGGCUCCGUGUCCUGGGGGCCCUGUGGCCCAGCGAGAGGCCGAGGGCUCGGCGGAGGAGGAGGAGGAGGAAGGGGAGGCAGAGCGGGGCCCUGCCGUGCCGCUCUCCCCUCUCUGCGUGACGGAGCCCGAGCCCCCCGCCCAGCCCGGCCUCCUCGAGGCCACCCCACCGGAUCCGGCUGACCCGGCCUGGGAGCCAGCGAGCGGCUGCCCGGUGAGCCUGCAGGGCCCCGGCGGGCCAGGCCGGGCCGAAGGAGCUGCGAGGGGCCCCGAUCCCCACGCCGACCCGGGCUGGCUGACCGAGCUGCUGGCGUCGCCCAAGGCCCGCGCCACGGGGCACGGCUCUCCGGACGCGGAGGGGCCGCAGGACCUGCUCGGCUGGUCGCGGAAGGACCUGUGCAGUGAAUUUGGCAUUGGCAGAGCUCACCAGGCCGACACCUUUGACUGGACCCAUGAGGCCGUGGCCAGGGAGAGAGACUGGCCUGGUGAGAUGGAGCAGGACCGGGAAUUCAGGACCAAAUCAAGCUGGGAUGGCACCCACAGCGUCAGGGAUGGGGACCAGCAGGAUGGGCCCUUUGGCACAGCCAGGAAGGACUGGGGCAGCGAUUACAAAGGGACAGAGCUGAUGGAGGAAACGAGACUGGGCUGCAGCGACUGGCCCAAAUCCCACGGCGUGGGGGAAAGCUGCCUGCAGGAUCGAGACUUCGGUGCCGGCAAACCCCAGUGGGGCACAGGCUACGGCUUGGAGAGCGUGGGCAGCAGGGAGGAGGUCGGCUCCGGGAAGGCUGACUGGAGCAGCAGCUACGGCGUGGAACACGGCCAGCAGCGGGAUGAGGAGCCGAGCUCCAGGCAGCCCAGCUGGGCUGGCAGGUACGGCUCCGGGGACCCAGAGAGCCAGGACGGGGAGAUCACACCUGUGUGGGCUGGCGAAUACGGCACCAGCGAUGUGGAGAUGAAGGACAGGGAGCUCGCCCCGGACUGGGCCAGUAAAUACAGCAGCAGGGAUGCUGAGGCCAAGGACAAGGAUUUUACGCUGGGCUGGGCUGGCAGAUCCAGCACUGGGGACACUGGGACCCCAGACAAGGAGUUCAGCCCCAGCAGGCCGGCCUGGGACAGCAAGUACAGCGCCAGGGACAUGGAGAGCCAGGACCGGGAGUUCAGCCCCAGCAGACCAGCUUGGAGUGGUGAGUACAGCACCCGAGACAUGGAGAGCCAGGACCGGGAGUUCAGCCCCAGCAGGCCGGCCGCGGCAGGUGAAUACAGCACCCGAGACAUGGAGAGCCAGGACCAGGAGUUCAGCCCCAGCAGGCCGGCCUGGGAUGAUGGAUACAGCGCCAGGGAUGUGGAGAGCCAGGACCGGGAGUUCAGCCCCAGCAGGCCGGCCUGGGCCAGUGAGUACAGCAGCAGAGAGAUGGAGACCCAGGACAGCGGGUUCAAACCCAGCAGACCAGCAUGGGAUGAUGAGUACAGCACCAGGGACGUGGAGAGCCAGGACCGUGAGUUCAGGCCCAGCAGACCGGCCUGGGCCAGCGAGUACAGCUCUACGAACACUGAAAAGGAAGAAAGAGAGUUUAGUCCUGGCCGGCUGAGCUGGGCUGGUGAGCGCAGCGUUGGCCAAACCGAGCUGGUCGAUGCUUUUGGCGUCAGGAAAGACGACUUGCCUGGCUCCCGUGCCCCUGAUCCCCCGGCCCAGCAGCCCGGCUGGGGCAGCACCGACCGGCAGGGGCGCGGUACCACCGACAGCACGGACUGGGCUGAAGAGCUUGGAGGAGCUGAGCGCCACAACCAAUUUGGCAUCAUCGGGACAGAGCGGGUGCCAGAUCCCUCCAGCGCCGGAGCGUCGUCAGAUGGCUCGAUGUCCUGGGCUGCUGGAACGAGGUCUGGUGGCCUGCAGGAGCCCCUGGCAGACUGGCACAGGGAUCUCCCCUUCAGCGGCUCGGAUGCCACCAGCUGCCUGGGCGCUGGUGAUGCCGGCGGGGUUGGACUGGGCCAGCCGGCCUGGGGCCAGGGCCUGGGCAGCCUGCCUGCCCCGGGCAGCCCUGCCCGGCCCCGGGAGCCUGAGGUGGAAGAGCCAGGCUGGAGCCAGGACCUCGACGCAGCCGGCUGGAGCGCGGAGCUGUGCGACGCCGAGGCCAAGCGCCGGGAGUGGGCUAGCGCAUUCGGCGCCCGCUGCGCGGCCCGGAGCCGGGACUUCGGCACCGGGGAGCAGAGCCCGGGAGAUGAUGCCGGCUCGGCGGACGGAAGCAUCCGUCCCUCGGACCCCAGCCCGUCGAUGGGCGAUGCUCCGGCUGACUCCCCAGCUGCGGAGCCCCCCCGGAGCGAGCUGCCCAGCCCCACCGAGGAGGAGAGAGACGUCCCUGAGCUGGCCGCUGCCCCACGGAGCCCCAGGGCCUCCCCACUGCCAGAGGCUGCUGGUGCGACCCUGUCGGACUCAGAGAGCGAAGAAUCCCCCUCGGACCACCCGGAUGGGAAGAGGCCACCGAGCUGGGAGGAGAAGCGGCUCUCCCUGGGCACCCCGCAGCCCGAGGGACUCACGGACGACGCCGGGCAGGAGUUCACCUUCCUGGAGGACACGGAGGUCCUGGACAGCAGCGUGUACCGCAGCAAGGCCAACCUGGGCCGCAAGCGCAGGCACCGGGCGCCGGCCCUCCGCCCCGGGGCCACCUCGGAGGGGGACAGCUGGAUCUUCCGGGACUCCACAGAGCCCCGUCCAGCUCGCCCAGCAGCGUCCUCCGACGAGGAGGCAGUGGAAGAGCCCAAGAGCCGGCGGGUGCGAGCGUCCCCGUCGGGCAAGGGGGUGAAGGUGCCGCUCUUCCCUGGCCUCAACACAUCCGCCCUCAAGGCCAAGCUGAGGGGACGGAACCGCUCGGCCGAGGAGGGGGCACCGCCGGGGGACGGCAAGGCAGCCCCCCCCAAGGACCCCCACGUGCAGCGCUCCAAGUCCUGCAAGAUCCCCGGCCUGAGUGGGAAACCCCUGGCGCUGCCCCCCAAGCCGGAGAAGUCCUCAGGGUCUGACGGCUCCCCCCCCCACUGGCUGCAGGCACUGAAGCUGAAAAAGAAGAAACCUUGAGCGGGACUCGCUCUCCUGCCAGCGCGUCCCCGGAGGCUGAUGGCCGCUGUCUCCGGGAUCAGGCCUGUCCCCUCCUGUGGUGGGACACACACACACACACACACACACAUCUAUGCACUUUGUACGAUGCUCGAGGGUCCCUGUCCCCCUCCCCUCACUUCCUCCCCCCUCCUGGGCCCAUGGGCCUCCCCCAGCGCUCCCCUUCCCCUUGGUCCCCGUGUCCCAGGGGCUGGGGGGCAGCGAGCCCGCUCCCUUCCCCUCGCCCCUGCCCUUGUAUCACCCUCAGACAAAGAGCAGCAGGUCAGGAUGUUGGUGCCACUCGGACCGGACAAUAAAACUUCCUUGGUUGGU